AUGGAGACGCCUACCUUGCUCAAGCGUGACGACUUUGGUCGGCAUCGCGCCUCGUCGGAUCCUCUCUCGCGCGGCGGGUCCUUCCUCGACGGCGCCGGCCUCUUGCACCAGGAGCCCAACCCGUUCGAGCAGUCGUUCGGCCCGCUCGCCGACUCGUCGUCGCUCGCGACCGGCGUCAAGCCCUCGGACGGCACGGCGUCGGCCUCGGGUCGCCGCGCGCGCUCGACCUCGCCGUCGUCAUUGAUGCCCCGCACCACGCCCGGCGGCAGCCAGCGCCUCCCGCCGCUGUCGCUCAUGCAGACCCCCGGCGGCGAGCUGUCGGCGUUCGGCUGGGGCGUCGACUCGCUCCGCACCGGCCCCCUCUCGCCGGCGCUCCUCAACGGCCCCACCGGCACGUCCGGCUUCUUCCCUGGCGAUCCUCCUAGAGGAACCACGGGCACGGGGCUGACCCCUUUCGCGGCGGGUCUCGACGGCGCAGGCGCAGCAGGCGCUCCUCCCUCGACCUCGACCACCACCGGCGGCGGCGCGACCACGACCUCGGCCGGCGUCUCGUUCCCGCCACCGAGCCCGGCGACGGCCGCCCUGUUCGCCAUGAUGACCAACAACACGCCGGGCACGUCGGACGCGGCCGCGACCGCCUCGUCGACCGUCGCCGCCCUUGCCGGCGGCGGCCCGCGCCCGCACGAGGGCCCCAACGAGGCCAACUCGUUCGAGGCGAGCUUUGCGCGCGCCAACUCGGACAACCUCAUCACGACGGGCGCGCACAAGCGCACCCCGCACGAGGCGGCCCUGCACCGCUCGGCCCUCCAGAACCAGAUGAACGGCAUCGGCGCCGUCGGCUCGGCGCCCGCCGUCCCGCAGGUGCACAGCCUGCGCGGUGCGCCGCCGCCGUCGCACCUGCAGCAGCCGCCGCCGCCGCAGCAACAGCAGCAACCGCCUCAGGGCGGCGGCAUCCCUUCGUCGGCCGCGUUCGUCCCGCCGCCGCCGCACGGCGCGUCGUCCUACUACGGCCCCGCCUACCCAGCCGGCGCUCCCCCUCCCCCUCCUCACGGCGGCUACGCGCCGGUGCCCCCUGCGCCCUCGCACGACCCGUCGUCGACCGGCGCCCCGACCGGCGCCAGUUCCGGCGCUCCUCCUCCCGGCGCGCUCCACUUUACGGCGCCGCCGCGCCCGCAAAACCCGCUCGACCUCUUGACGGCGGCGAGCAACUACAAUGACGACACGGUCGUCGCGGCGGCGGCGCUCUCGGGCCUCGCGACGCCCGGCGGCGGCUUCCCGGCGGCGGCCAUCCUCGCCGCGCAGCAGCAGGCGCAGCAGGUGCAGGCGCAGCAGCACGCCCAGCAGCAGCAGCACCAGCAGCACCAGCAUCAGCAGCACCCGCAGCACCCGCACGUCAUCUCGGGCGGCAUGGGCGUCAUGAACGGCGGCGGGCGCCAGGAGGGCUCGCCCGUCCCGUCGGGCGCCAACGGGCGCGGCAAACGCGGCGCGUCGGCCCAGCUCGUCCAGCAGCAGCAGCAGCAGCAGCACCCGUCGCCGCAGCAGGCGGGCCCGCCGGCCAAGCGCGCCCGCAAGCAGACGGCGGCGGCCGCGGCGGCCAUCGCGGCCGAGGCGGGCGGGCUCGACUACGACGAGGACGAGGGCAUGUCGAGCGCCGGCGGCGCAGCCGGUGCGGGACCGUCGGCGACGCCCGCGCCCAAGAAGGCGGCGGGCAAGAAGGGCGGGCGCAAGGGCGCAGCCGCGACGGCAGCGGCGGCGGCGGCGGCGGCGGCCAAGAAGGAGGAGGCGUUCGACGACGGCGCGAGCGUCGGGAGCACGGCCGACGGCGACAUGGGCAUGUACGGCUACGACGACAUGGGCGGCGACGGGUACGGCGCCGAGGGCAGCCAGCCGCCCGAGUCGCAGCCGAAGAAGGGCGGCCGCGGGCGCAAGAAGGACUCGGGCGAGACCGAGGAGGAGAAGCGCAAGAACUUCCUCGAGCGCAACCGCCAGGCGGCGCUCAAGUGUCGCCAGCGCAAGAAGGCGUGGCUCCAGUCGCUCCAGACCAAGGUCGAGCUCCUCACGACCGACAACGACACGCUCCAGAGCACGGUCAACAACCUCAAGGAGGAGGUCCACUCGCUCCGCUCGAUCCUCGCGGCGCACGCCAACUGCCCCGUCGCGCUCGGCAACGCGCCGCCGGCCCACCACCCGCACGGUCCGCCGCCGCCGCACGUCCAGCACCGCGGCAUGCCCGGCUCGCUCCCGCCCGGGCUCGCGCCGUCGACCAUGCCGCCGCAGGGCUACGCUCCGCAGGCGCAGUACUGA